AUGGAAAAUCAAACUACUACAAGUGGAUUUAUUCUUGUGGGGCUCACCAAUGUCACUUAUUUGCAGCCUCUCUGCUUCUUCGUGUUCCUGGUGAUGUAUGCAAUAACACUGUCAGGAAACAUUAUAUUGAUCGUAGUGGUGAGAAUCAAUUUACGGCUACAGACCCCGAUGUACUUCUUUCUCAGUAACCUCUCGUUCAUUGACAUCUGCUUCUCCUCCACCAUAGUUCCCAAAAUCCUGAUAAAUACUUUGUCUCAAGAUAAAAGUAUCUCCUUCCUGGGAUGUGCAGCUCAGAUGUACUUCUCAUUGUGUCUUGGAGCAACAGAAUGUUUUUUAUUGACUGUGAUGGCGUUUGACCGAUACGCAGCCAUCUGUAAACCAUUGCACUACAAUGUUAUCAUGAACAAGAAGCUUUGCUUCUCUUUGGCUGCUGGUUCAUGGGCUGCGGGUUUUAUAAAUGCAUUUAUCCAGGUUCCUCUCACUUUCAAGCUCCCGUAUUGCAGAUCCCACCACAUCAACCACUUCUUCUUUUUCUCCACUUGUGCUUCCCACCUCACGGUGGUAGCUCUCUACUAUGGCACCAUUAUGUCCAUGUACCUAAGACCUCCUUCUGUUUACAUUCAUGAGACUGACAAGACAAUAUCUAUUCUUUAUACAACAGUGACUCCCAUGCUGAACCCCAUUAUCUACAGCAUUAGAAAUGAGGAUAGCUUGCUGUCUGACCAGACUAUCCAAGCACAAAUUAUUGAUCAAUUAUUGGUGGGUCCACCGGACUGUAUAUGA